UCUUUUCUUUUUGAAAGAAAAGUGCUUUUCUUGCAAUCUUUGGCGAGUGAUGCUGGUUAAGGUAAGGUGUAUCUGAAUUUACACUGCUUAAAAGAGCGGGCGUAUAUGUUGAUAAAGUGCUUCGGGAAAAAGAAGAAACCAUGAUAGUAAUUUCUUUUGCUGGACUCUUGGUGUCCAAUGUCGUAGUACGGGUGGUCGGAGAAAGUUCCUGCAGCCAUUCAUCUGACAUCGACGGGUGGACGUUCUUCAGUAAAAGCUCCAGGUUUGACAUGUUACUAAGAAACUAUAACCACUCCGGAAGGUUAAACCAUUCUAUGUGUGUCAACAUCAGGCGCAACAACUCGGCGAUGGGAGACCACGAAGUGACUAAAAAUUUCACUUACCUCAACCUGACUUCAAAAUUUGAUAAAUGGGCCACUGCACUAAUUAAACUUAAAUUUUACACCGAGAUUGUUGAGUACGACGAGUAUGAAUAUAACGGCGAAACAUCAACCACACCAAUUUCCAAGCAGACAUACAUGUACGCAAAGUCGACCAUAGUAUGCACUGCAUCGGGCUUUACGCUGUCGCGGCCAUUUUGGACAUUCCUGUAUGUAAAUGAGAACUGCUCCGUCGUAGCUUUAAGUCAUUUUAUAGAUGACUGCAGUGGUUCUCGGGAACCAUCUCCCGAAGACAGCAGCAGAGGAGAGGACGAUGAUACGGCCACGCGCAAGUAUUGUCUAAAGCGUCGUUGUGAACUUUGGGUGCGCCGUCUGUACAAUGAAUCCCAGCGCAGCCAUGGGGAGCUAAGCGACUCCCACUGCUGCGAAAAAUUUUUCAACCGGACUUGUGCAGUUUCGACGCUAGUAAGAGUAUACGAUCCUGAUAUAUGCAUUCAUUAAUAAAACGCUCCCUGCCUAAAAGCUUACA